AUGGAGUGGAGUUACCUGUUGGAAAUCGCCUCGCUGCUCGCCGCCCUGUCCCUGCUGCAGCGCGCUGGCUGCGCCGCCGCCUCGGCCGCCGCUGCGUCGUCCUCUUCGACCAAGGAGCUGUCGUGCCAGGAGAUUACCGUGCCCCUGUGCAAAGGCAUCGGCUACAACUACACCUAUAUGCCCAACCAGUUCAACCACGACACGCAGGAUGAGGCCGGGCUGGAGGUGCACCAGUUCUGGCCGCUGGUGGAGAUCCAGUGCUCCAGCGACCUGCGCUUCUUUCUCUGCAGCAUGUACACCCCUAUCUGCCUGGAGGACUACAAGAAGCCGCUGCCGCCCUGCCGCAGUGUCUGCGAGCGGGCCAAGGCCGGCUGCGCCCCGCUCAUGCGCCAGUACGGCUUCGCUUGGCCCGACAGGAUGCGCUGUGACCGCCUCCCCGAGCAGGGCAGCCCAGACACCCUCUGCAUGGACUACAACCGGACGGACCUUACCACGGCCGCCCCGCCACCCGCCAAGCCCCCGCCCCGCGGCGCCAAGCCCGGCGGCCCUGCCAAAGCGCCCCCCGCCGCCGUUCCGCCGGCCGAAGCCCCGCGCAAACCGCGGCCGCCGCCGCCCUGCGAGCCGGGCUGCCAGUGCCGGGCGCCCAUGGUGUCGGUGUCAAGCGAGCGGCACCCUCUCUACAACCGCGUCAAGACGGGGCAGAUCGCCAACUGCGCCCUGCCGUGCCACAAUCCCUACUUCAGCCCCGACGAGCGCGCCUUCACCGCCUUCUGGAUCGGGCUCUGGUCCGUGCUCUGCUUCCUCUCCACCUUUGCCACCGUCUCCACCUUCCUUAUCGACAUGGAGCGCUUCAAGUAUCCCGAGCGCCCCAUCAUCUUCCUGGCCGCUUGCUACCUCUUCGUCUCCCUGGGCUACCUGGUGCGCCUGGUGGCGGGACACGAGAAGGUGGCAUGCAGCGGCGGGGCGGGGGCGGGCGGGGCGGGGGCCGGGGCUGCGGGGGCCGGCGGCGGCGCGGCUGCGGGGGCGGCGGCAGCGGGGGGGCGCGGCGCGGCGGGCGGGGCGGCCGAGCUGCAGCCGGAGCUGGCGGUGGCCGAGCACGUGCGGUACGAGAGCACAGGCCCGGCACUGUGCACCGUAGUCUUCCUGCUCGUCUACUUUUUCGGCAUGGCCAGCUCCAUCUGGUGGGUCAUCCUCUCCCUCACCUGGUUCCUCGCUGCCGGCAUGAAGUGGGGCAAUGAAGCCAUCGCCGGCUACGCCCAGUAUUUCCACCUGGCCGCCUGGCUGCUCCCCAGCGUGAAGUCCAUCGCGGUGCUGGCUCUCAGUUCAGUGGACGGUGACCCCGUGGCUGGCAUCUGCUAUGUGGGCAACCAGAGCCUGGAGAACUUGCGGGGCUUCGUGCUGGCACCGCUGCUCAUCUACUUGGCCAUUGGUUCCAUGUUCUUGCUUGCGGGCUUCGUCUCGCUCUUUCGCAUCCGCAGCGUCAUCAAGCAGCAGGGUGGCCCCACCAAGACCCACAAGCUGGAGAAGUUAAUGAUACGCUUGGGGCUCUUUACUGUGCUCUACACCGUGCCAGCUGCCAGCGUGGUGGCCUGCCUUUUCUAUGAGCAGCACAACCGGCCCCGCUGGGAGGCCACGCACAACUGCCCUUGCUUGCGCGACCAGCAGCCCGACCAGGCCCGCCGCCCUGACUAUGCUGUCUUCAUGCUCAAAUACUUCAUGUGCCUGGUGGUGGGCAUCACCUCUGGUGUCUGGGUCUGGUCUGGCAAGACCCUCGAGUCUUGGAGGGCCCUCUGCACCCGCUGCUGCUGGGCCAGCAAAGGUGCUGCUGUGGCUGGGGGCACAGGGGCAGGAGCAAGUGGGCAGGCAGCAAUCGCUGCAGCAGGAGGACUUGGGGCUGGAGGUGGUGGCUCCCUCUACAGUGAUGUCAGCACUGGACUGACAUGGAGAUCAGGCACUGCCAGCUCUGUCUCCUACCCCAAGCAGAUGCCCCUGUCUCAAGUAUAAGGAGGGAGUGGAGUAAAGAGGCCAAAGGUUAGGGAAUGAGGGACACUGGCCUGCCUAAAAUGCCCCCUCACUGUUUGGUGCCAUUAAUGAACCUCUAAUGGUCCUUAUUAGCCACAGCUUGUAUAGAACAAUGCAGCUGGCAGAGGCCCCAGGCUCCAGCCCCCUCCUCCUUCCCCUCCAUUCAUAUGCAGGGAGCAUGUACUUCAAGGAGCCAGCUUAUUAUUUUGCUGGCAGAGGAGGGUAGAGGCUCACCCGUGUCUUGCAGAGGGCAAGGCAAACCGGCUUCUGAUUGAUUCUGGACUAACAGCAGCUCUUUGCUUAUGGGAGGGGAGGGUCUUCUUCCCCCCCCAUCCUGAGAUGGGAGCUUGCUGGGACUGCAGGUUUUUGGGAUAUUGAUGACCAGGCAAAUGCCUUACAAUACAGACUGAAUCAAAACUUGUCUUAAUUAUACACCCCAGCUAAAUACGGGUUUCCUACAUUAAAGGAUGUAUUUAUAUAAUUAUUUGUUACCUUGUACAGAUGUGUAAAAUAUGUAUAUAUCCAAAGCUAUACAGUCUGUAAAUUUUUUUUGUAAAAAAGUUUAGAGGCUACCCCUGUA